GCCAGAUCGUCUUUCUAUUUUUAUCUGCAGCAAUUAGCCGCUCGCUGCGUCUGUCGUUGGAUCCCGAGUCAAUUCACUCAUCCUGCAGCAUUUAGCACGCAACGUCCUGAUAGGCACAUCACACAACUGGCACGCGAUGGCAAGUUCAAAGUUUUGACGCUGGAAAUAUGCCCAGUCCAGUCCAUUAGUACAUAAUGGUUGACUGAACCUUCCAACUCAUCAUUCGGCAUUGGCCUGUUGUUAGGCAUUCUGUACAGGAUGUCAUCAAGAUAAAGCGUGCAUUAUCUGCUACUCGAAUGCGUUUCUUGCCAUUCAUCUUCUACGCCCGAUCAAAAGUCUUCACUAUGAUCAAUAAUACUGGUGGAUAUAUCCUAUUGUCGGCACUCACGAUUGUGGUUUAUGAUGUUAUCACCCAUCUGGAUGAAGAGAUCGACUAUAUCGUGAGAUCAAGGUCUACUUUCGUCAAGACUAUAUUUAUCUUGUGUCGCUACCUUCCUUUCGUCAUUGGGGCUUCGCGAAUUUUUAAUGUCGUUGGGGAAGAUUAUAUCGACGAUGAUUUGUGCCUGGUGUUAUGUCGCAUAAGCGUCUGGGUCUCUUUUCUGCAGAUGGUUUGUGUCGAAGUCAUUUUUAGUUUGCGAACCUACGCUCUAUGGGGUUGCAGUAAACGAGUCCUUUUCUGUCUCUUAGCUGCGGAUCUGGUUAAAUGUGUAACAUGUAUCACCUCCCUCCAAAUGUAUAUUGGGGCUUUCCCUGCCGAUGCAUGUUAUGGACAAGCUAACCCGGGCGUAUCGUGGCUCCUUACGAACUUUGUGACUUUGAUUAGCCUGGAAAUAGGAUUGUUUGGGAUGAGCAUGUAUCGGGUUCUAAGGCAAUAUCGCGCCGCUUCAGGACAACUGCUCAAAUCGUUGGUGCGGAACAAUAUCGUGUAUUUCGGAGCCAGCGUGGCUCUGAACAUCCUUAAUAUUGUUGGCAUCUUGCUUAUUCCGAUUGCAACAUGGCCUACUGGUGUCAUGGAAAUAGCACAGAUUCUCUUCCAGGGAUUGCUCGCAACACGCAUGCAACUUGAUCUUUGGAAAGUCGACCGCCGUCAAGUGGGAACGACGAUGGUCACAAUGUCAAUGGAAGAAUUUGCAGUUGCGAGAAUCAACGAUACAAUCUAUCAAAAUUCCGCGUGACAACACCUAACUGCCAAGAUAACCAGACUUCCAUUGGUUAAAUUCAUGUACAAUUGUCUUACGAUAUUGCCACUGUCAGUUCACAACUCGCUGUGCUGCCGUGUAAUACAAACCACAUAUGUAAAUAUCACGAACCCCAGCUUCGUCUCUCCCACCGUGAAUAAUACACAAUCGAAACGGA